AUUCUUGGUCUGUUCUUGUCAUGAUGUCCAGCGUCGGACGCUGAUCAUCAUCAUCUCACGAGCUUCAAGGAGAUCUAGGCUGUUGCUCAUUGCAGUUCAUGGCUGAUUAAGAUCAUUGUGUCCUGGUGAUACCAUCCUGCAUUAAGCUAAAAAUUAGGAAGAGAUGGCCAAGAUUCAAAUAAAAGAUGGCCAAAAGCCUCCAAGUUCUGCUAGACCAGAAGUGGGAGAGAUUGACACCAGGGCACCUUUCGAAUCUGUCAAAGCUGCUGUCGGUCUAUUUGGUGAAGUAGCAAUCUGUAGGGAGCAACCUGUUGCCAAGAAGUCAAAUCUUUCUUCAGGGAGUGUUCUGGACAAGGAGACACAACUGCUAUUGGCCCAGAAAGAACUGAACAAGAUAGAGGAACAGCUAGAGAGUUCAGAGACUGCAAAAGCUCAGGCACUUUCAGAGCUUGAAAAGGCUAAGAAGACCCUGCAAGACUUAACCACCAAGCUCAAGACUGUAAGUGAGUCUAAGCAAUCAUUAAACGAAGCUGCAGAAGCUGUGAAGAACCAAACCAAGAAACUUGAAAGAGAAAAAUCAAGAAAUGCCAACGGACUUGAAGCUUGGAAACAAGAACUGGACCAUGCCAGAAAGGAGUACCUGACCACCGUCACUGAACUUGAUGCUGCAAAGCAAGAGCUCACCAAACUUCGGCAGGAUUUUGAUGCGGCCUUGGAAGUGAAAUCGGUUGCAUUCCAACAGGCAGCAGAAGCUCAGGAUUCAGCAUCUAUCAACACAGAAAAGGUUAGAGAGCUUUCAGAGGAAAUUGCAGACAUGCAAUUAUCAAUUGAACAACUACAGCUUGCCACUCUACAAGUCCGCCAAGAAGAGGCAAUGAUUGUGGCAGAAAGAGAUGCAUGCCUAAAACUGUACAAAUCCACAAAGGAAGAAGCAGAGAAAAAGCUGCUCUCCAUGAAAAUAGAGGCUGAUCCCGUAUCUACUAGAUAUUUGAAGGCCAAGUAUGCAGAAACAAGUGCUGACAUUGAAGUCAUGCAAAAGGAGAUGAAGGCAGUUCAUGCUUCUGAAAUGAAUGCUUCGAGAGCUGUAACCUUGGAGCUCAAUGAAGCCACAAAGACACUGCAGGAAGUAGCUGAAGAAGAAAGGUCUCUUCGAAGCUUGGUGAGUUCCCUUAGUCUGGAACUGGAGGAUGUGAAGAACAAGCGAGCGGAAUUGAAGGAUGACAUGGCAAUGGAAUCCUUUGCGGCUAAGCUGAAUACUGUAGUACAGAAUAAUAAGGCAGAAGCUGAAAAUGCUAAACGGGAAGCAGAGAAGAUGAAGAGAAAGGCUAUUGAGCUUAAGCGAGAAGCUGAAGCCACUCGUAUUGCAUCAGAGGAAGCAGAGAGAAAGCUAGAACUUGCCCUCAAAGAGGCUGAGGAAGCAAAAGCAGCAGAGCUUAGAGCCCUUUACGAGAUGAAGACUUCUUCUAAGAAACGGGAUGGUCUUCCUUCUUUGAACUCGGAGACUUGUGCUGCCAUCAAAUUAACUUCGGAGGAGUUUGAGUCCUUUAGUAGAAAAGCCGAGGAAUCUCGAAAUAUGGCUAAAAGAAUAGAGGAAGCUGCCACGGCUCAGUUAGGAUCAAUCGAUGUGAGUAUAAGUCAAGCAAAUAGAAAAGUGGAGGCAAAUAUGAAGGCAAUCCAGGAAAUCAAGGAUGCAACCGAGAUUGCUCUAAUAAAAGCAGGGAUGGUUGAGAGUGAACCCCAGAGGUGGAAACAUGCAGAAUCAAAGUGGCGAUUUGCAGAAACAAAGUGGCGACAUGCAGAAUCAAAGUGGAAUUUGAAGCUCCGGCAAAAAUAAAGCAUCUGGGAAGGCAUCAGGAUCAUUUCAUCAUUUCCGCCGCUGCUCUAGGAUCUUAUAAGCAGUACCUGCUACUGCUAGGGAGACCGGGAAGUCCUUAGGGGAAACCUGUACUUUGGAAGGUCACAUUUGCUCAAUCUCAGUGAUACUUUGCAGCAUUAGAAUAUAAAUUAGAACAACUGGAACUCCAGAACUUUGUUAGGAUGCACUUGUAAUUUAAGGAAGUCAUCAUGUCACUUCUUAAAAAAAAAACUAUAAAGAAAAGAGCAAAAUAGGUCACAUUUUGCGAUUUGAUCUUCAAGAGUGAUGUAAAUGCUCUUAAAUAUUGAUGGAAAAGCAGCUCACUUACCAGAUAGCUUGGCCCCUGGUUCAGGCUUGUUUGCCAUUCUAUGGGAGUUUUCAACAGCC